GGCAACGCCCCGAUCGGAUCGUUAGAGUUAAGUUAACUUUUCUUCAGUCUUAGCUGAGCGGCUCGCUGCAACGAACGUGUUUUUCUGCCUGCAGUGAAACGAAAAAACGAAUUACCAAUUAAGUGAACAAACGAAAUCGAAGUGAAAAUGCGCUUCAAACUGUUUUUGGUUUGUGCGCUGGCCUGCGGCUUUAUGGCCUAUGUCCUGGCCAACGAGAAUAUAUCGACGGAGGAGGAGCUGGAGGAUCAGAUUGUGAAUGCGGUGCCGGAACCAGUGAAGGUGGUUAAACCCAAAAAUCAAGCGGAAUUCGUGGAGGUUCCAAAGGCCACGCCCGAGGUGAAAAAAGUGGAAGUGAAGGAAGAAAAGAAGACCAAACCCCUUGCCCUACAAAAACCCACCUUGAUUCCCGUGGUUCAUGUCACCAGUCGGGGAACCGAUGAUGUCCUCACCGUAGCCGGUUUGAAGCCCCAGAAAAUGUCUGGAGCUUUGAUAAUGCCGAAUGACUACUUGGGCGAGCUGUACGACGUGGACAAUAGCGGCUACAAUUGGGAUCCCAAUAACAAUGUGGCUCCACCCACCACGUAUUCGGUGGCAGCCGGAGGUUAUACGAUUACGGCAGCCAGGUUGGCGGAGCUCAGGCAGACUUUCAUGUACUGGUACUUCGAUAAGGACAUGUACGGAGGACGCGGCGACUAUCAGUUCGACAUCCAUGCCUCCAUGACGCAGCUCCACAAGAACCUGAACUUCCAACUGCCCUUCUACGGAUUCCGAUUCAACUAUACCAGGCUCUCCCUCAACGGCUAUUUGGAGUUCUCCGAUCCACCGGAGUACCUCACCUAUCCCCUCGUUUUCCCGAUCAAGGACUGGCCCCUCAAAAGGGAUCCCUCUUUCAUGGGCAUAUUUUUCAGCAAGUGCCGAGUGGGUCGCAUUUAUCCGUCGGAUAUUGACCAGCGGACGCCCGGCGUUUACUUCCGAGUGGAACGUGAUCUGAUGGGACGUACGGACCGUUUUGGCGUGGAGGUACGGGAACGAACCAUGUGGGACAUUCGUCAAGGAGUCGUGGGCGCCGAUACCUUCAUUCCCAAGCACGUGGUGAUCUCCACCUGGAAGAACGUCUCAUUCGCCGGCGGAAUCGAUAACUCCCUCUACACGACCAACACCUUCCAAAUGAUCCUGGCUACCGAUGAGGUCUACACCUAUAUCAUCUUCAACUAUGCCGUAUUGAACUGGCUUUCGCACACUGAAGCUGGAGGCGAUACGACAAAGGGCGAGGGCGGAGUUCCUGCAUAUGUCGGUUUCAAUGCCGGCAACGGCACUCAGGCCUACGAGUACAAGCCCUACAGCCAGAACAUGGUGAUUCGGGACCUGGCCAACAGAGGAUGGGCCAAUGGGUUCCCGGGUCGUCACAUUUUCCGCGUGGACGAGCAGAUUCUAAUUGGCUCCUGCAACAAGGAUAUCGAUGCUGCCCUGCUUCCUUUAACCUUCGCCCCCGAAUCCGGCAACAUGUUGGGUGGCCAAGUGGUCAACAUCACUGGGCCCUGUUUUGAUCCUACUAUCCGAGUGACCUGUCACUUCGAUACGGAAUCCGUGCUGGGAACCUAUGUGGACAGGAAUCGAGUUAUCUGUGUGCAGCCUUAUCUGAAGGCCGAGGGCUACAUUCGAUUCCAGAUCUCCGUGGGCACCCAGAGAUUCAAGUGGCGCGGAAAGUACUUUGUGGAGACCCCGGCUGCCGCCACCGAGAAGAUCUUUUUCGCCACCGACGAUGUGCACAAGAAGAAUCCCAGCGAGAUCCGCAUCACCUGGAACCAGUACAAUUUGACCUCGAAUGCCAAUGCCAACGUGAUGAUCUCGCUGUGGGGCUACAGGGAGACCAAGAUCGAGCCCCAGCUGGAGUAUAUCGAUGUGAUCGAGGCCUCGUACUCGAAUUCUGGCAGCUAUGUGAUCACGCCCUCGAAUUAUCUGAAUCGAAACAAUAUUAACCGGGACAUGCAGUUCGGAUUCCUUCAGAUCAAUCUCACGCAGCCCGAUCAGUACUCAGGAUUGGCCAUCAGUCCGGUCCUGUGGUCCCGCCCGAUUCCAUUGGCAUGGUAUAUGGCGCCCCAAUGGGAGCGACAGCACGGAAAACGCUGGGCGAGAGCUCUCUGCGAUAAUUGGAUUCGCGCCGACCGAUUCCUCAGGAACUUUGCCGCCGACCUUCCACUCUGUCCCUGCACCUUGGACCAGGCUGUUCUGGACAAAGGACGCUUCCGGCCGGAUCGGGAGUGCGACAAGGACUCGAACCCCAGCUGCCUGAGGCAUCGCGGAGCCAUCCACUGUGUGGUCAGCGGAACGCCAGUCGCCCAAGGAGCUGAGCAGCAGUGCUGCUACGAUCGCUACGGCUUCCUGAUGCUGACCUACGACCAGAUGUGGGGCUCUCGACCCCGCCGCGUCCACAACCUGGGCAAGAUGCCCUGGAACGAGGCCAGCAAGGUGCCCUCCCUGUCCAUGUGGUUCCACGACAUGCGUCCCUUCUACUCCUGCUGCUUCUGGCAGGAGGAGCAGGCGGUGGGCUGCGAGACGUACCGCUUCGAGCGUCGUCCCUCGCAGGAUUGUGUGGCCUAUCAGGCGCCGGGCAUCGCUGGCGUCUUCGGUGAUCCCCACUUUGUGACCUUCGACGGCACGGCCUAUACCUUCAACGGACUGGGAGAGUUCGUCCUGGCGCGCAGCGUGGAUGAGAGCAACAAGUUCGAGGUCCAAGGACGCUUUGAGCAGCUGCCCACGAACUACUAUGGCGAGGUGAAGGCCACUCAGUUGACGGCGGUGGCGAUGAGGGGAAAUACGACCACAACGAUCGAGGUUCGCCUGCGUCCUUUGCACGCCAGGUGGCGCUAUCGCCUGGAUGUCCUGGCCGAUGGCCGCAGGGUUUACUUCGAUCGCGAGAGUCUCAAGUUCCAGCACUUCGAUGGUGUAUCCGUAUAUACCCCAACUUACCUGCUCAAUCAGUCCCAGGUCGUCGUUCAAUUCGAUGCGGGAAUCGGUGUGGAGGUUGUGGAGAACGAGGGCUACAUGACGGGUCGCGUUUUCCUGCCCUGGAAGUUUAUAAACAAAACAGCUGGCCUCUUUGGCAACUGGAGCUUCAACAAGUUAGACGACUUUAUGCUGCCCAAUGGUCAGGUGGCCCAACUCAAUCUGAACGAUUUACGUAGCAUCCACACCAACUUUGGCAUCAAAUGGAUGCUCACGGAUCGCGAAGUUCCUGGAGUGGGAGCUGCUCUGUUUACCCGAGAAUUCGGAAGAAUGUCCAGCUACUAUGCAAAUGCCACCUUCCAGCCGAAUUAUGUCCUGGAUCCUGCGGACUUCCUGCCCACCAAUCGUACCUACGAUCUGGAGAGAGCCGAGGAACUUUGUGGCGAAUGUAUGCAGUGUCAAUAUGAUUAUGCAAUGACAUUAAAUCGAGAUUUGGCGCACUUUACCAAGAACUACUACGACACCAUAGUCAAUAUGCAGGCGGAAAAUGCAGUACGCGUGGUAUCCUGUGGUGUUUUGCAGACUCCUCGCUUCGGCCGAAAGCUGAGCUUUGAUUUCAUGCCCGGUGCCAAGGUUUCUUUUGAGUGUAAUGAGGGCUUCAUUCUGGUGGGAGAUCAACGUCGUGAGUGUUUGGCCAACGGUCUGUGGAAUAUUCCCGAAUAUGGAUACACCGAGUGUCUACGUGAGGUGUACUACACGCGUCGCGUCGCUUUCAUAGCAAUUGGCAUUAUCUUCCUGGUGAUCUGCCCACUGAUGCUGUGCAUCGUGUGCGGCGUGUAUCGCUACCGGCAGAAGCAGCUGAAGGAGGAUCCCCAGUGGCAGAUGCCCAUGCUUCCUCGUUCCCGAGCCAGUUCAGCUCGUAAUCUGCGUACCCUGAACUACGACGAUGACAGCGAUACGGAUGCCAGUACACUGAAGAAAAGUAGGUCCUACGACAAAGUAUAUCGCACGAACGAACCAUUACCGGGCAAACCGCAAAUUGAUUUUCCAGCUAAGAAAUGGGAUCUGGAUGAGAACGACGAGGAUGUGACCUCAUCGGAAGGUAGUCAAAAUAGAAACAGCUCAAAGUUAGCCAGGGACAUUUCCUACAUUAAUCCGAACGUCGUCGCCACAGGUGAGAAGCCGAAGCAGUUGGGUCGCCGUUCCCUCCACGGAUCUGGAUCUCCGGUGGAUGGGGAUCAUCACGAUGAUCACCCGGAUGAGGACGAUGACUUCGAUGAGGCGGAUGUUCACACGGGCACCACUCAUCCGGCGGGCUAUCAUCAGCCGUUGUCGCCGGAGGAGGCGGAUCAGCUGCACCGCCAGCAGUACAGUCCCACCUUCAGUGGCCUGGACAGUCGCACCAGUGGUGCCAGCUCCAUAAAUUAUACACCCCAGGCGGCGGCGCAGAAUCGCUUCGGGGGCGUGCCAGUGCUGCCCAGCAACACGCAGUACUACAGUAGACCCCCGUCGAGUGUGAAUGCCGUUCCCCUGCGCACGGCACCUGUUACGCCGCUGACACAGGACUCGGGCCUGCCUUCGCCACCACCGCCCCUGGCUACCUCGCCCACUCCCUCGGUGCAAAAGUCCACCGAGGUCUGAGGAUCCUAACUCACCCGAUCCCCACCCCCCACAACUAGCUGCAAAGUUCAAAUAAGAGCCACCCACAAAUAAUAACUAAUUUUAAGUAACUUUCCAAAAACAAAAACCCACCUGUCCAUUGCUUUGUUUAAUUCUAUUGUUGUACUGCUGUUUUUCCCGAGGCCAUGACCACACAUUGAAUAAUAACAUCUAACAUAGCACUUAUUUAAUAGUCCAAAUCCGAUAACCGAAUCCUUGUACAUUAAGCAUAAUCCAAACGGCAAAUUCAUUUGUAUUUCCAUCGGCCCAGGUAAACAAUCAUCAUUUUAUGUAUUGAAUAAAACCAAAAACACUUGUUUAUAUCUAGUUUACUUGUAAA